GCUCUUAAAAAGUUUAUUGAAACCAAAAAUAAAUAAACAAAAGAAUGAUGAUGGCAGGCAAGAGUCCAGGCUGAGCAGGGGAGAGGGAGACAGACGAAAGGCUGCUCACAGCAGGGAUGACGGGCUGAACAGACCGUGAGGCAGGCGGGAAUCAAACACCAGAAACAGUCCAGAUUGUGGCCAGAUUCAGGAAGCCGAUGAGGUAUCCAGCGAGGGCAAGGCGUGACAGGAAAAAAAAUACAACAAAACAAGCCCAGGGUCAUAAACAGGCGAUGCAGACAAGAACGCUGGACAGCACCUCGCACAAAGGCUUGAAGACAGCCUGGCACUAACUGGCUGUGGGAGGCGGGUAUAAAGAGCCAGCGUGGCAGGUGAAGCUCAUCAUGAGUAAAUGAGCUCAGCGCAGGUGGCACUGCUUAACAAAUCAGGCGGGUAGAGCAGAGUAAAAGGUGGAAACCAGCCAGUCAGCCCAAAAACUAACAGACAGGAAGCAGGCUGCAUGACAAAGGCCAGAAUUCAAGAGUAGAACUUCUCCUAAAGUAAAAAAAGAAAGAAAAAAAAGAAGCUUUUCCUCAAGAUUUUCUUGAUCUGCUGACAUUUUUACCCAUGUGCUUUUUCUGCCUGGAGGUAUUGUAAUCAUACAGUGUAAGGAAGUGUUGCCCCUGCCUUUGAAAAGCACCCUCUCCCUGGUGCAAGCAGCAUGCGGGGUGUUUACCUCCCUCCCUUACAGGUUUAGGUCCGCUCACAUUACCUAAUGAAUACUGAAUGACGGUUAGCCGGUGAUAGGAUACACCUCGUGAAAUGGACAUGAACCCGAGAACUUCAUUCAGUUGGCCGUCCCAUCUUCUAACAGCUGGCCCUGGUCUUCUCGUUGGCCGUCAUCGCAACGACCUUAGACAAGAAGACCCUCUGGAGGAACAGCGACCAUCUGCCACUGAGAUGUCUGUUCGAGCCAAGUCCCACACAGACCUACAGACAGCUGGCAAGUCGUCAAUGGAGGACAGCCUCCACAAAUCCUUCUCCAUGAGCAGCAGUGGCGUUAACAGAGCUGGGCCCUUUGGGUAUGGGGUGACGGAAGAGGUGAAAGUUCUCUCCAGAGCGCCCAGGAGGCCUGUACGCGCGGUCAGGCCGGUCAGCGCCGUCAGCUCCAGCGGCUCCUUUCUCCAGAUUAAUCACCUACAGGGGGAACUGGUUCGCAAGAGGAAGGAAUGUGAGGACCUCAAGAGGGAAAACAAGUUCUUAUCGAACGAGAUCCACAUGGAGCGGAUCAUGAUGCGCACGGAGAACGAGCUCACCAUGAGGAACCUCAGGAACAUGAACCAGGAGUUGCAGAUGCAAGUCAAGGAGCUGAAGCAGAAGUUGCAUCAGAGCCAGCAGAGGGUGACAUUUUGCUCGCGGGCGGCAGACGAGGCCCAGGAGUCCAGGGUGGAGGCUGAGAAGAGCCGGGCCUCAGCUGAGGCUCGGGCCCUCGGGUGUCAGCGGGACAGGGACACGGCUGAGGCCGACCGGAGGCGGCUGAGUGAGGAGCUGCAGCUGCUCAAGAAGGAGCACGCUGAUCUGCAGCUCACACUGGCACAAACUGAGAAGAACUACUUUGAAGCCAAACUGAAGCUGGAGCGGGUUACUGGGGAGAAAAGCACUCUGCUGCAGGAGAACAGGAGCCUGGGGACAGAAAGAGACGAGCUGCGCCUCAAGCUGAGGCAAAUCACCCAGGAAAAUGUCCAAAUUAAAGAAAGCGAGAUGACUUUGAGACGUAAAGUGACGUUGGCAGAGGAGGGGACGAAAAGAGCCAAGCAGGCUCAGCGAGAGGCCGAAGCUGAGAAGCAUCAGGCCGACAAGGAGAGGCAGGAGAAGACAGCAGAGUGCCUGAGCUGGAGGGAGAAGCACCACGAGCUGGCCAAGGUCCUCCAAGCUCACGAGGACCUGACGGCCCAGAGGCGGAGCAAAGCAUGUCAGGCCAACAUCAAGAGCUACUUUUUGUGUAUGACCGAGAGCAAUCAGCGAGUGAAAAUCCUGAAAAACCCAGAUGGGACGCCCAGAAAUUUCACAGAAGGAGAUCCUGUAUACAUCAGCACUCCACAGGACAGUCCUGAAGAGCCUGAGAGAAGUUCAUCCAGGACCAUGUUGAGGAUCUCGGCCCCGCACACAGGGAGGGACCUGGGUCCCAGUCAUUUUGAUGAACUGCCCGCCUUCGAAGGGGACCGUCCAGGUUCUGCUCCGACCCGCAGAGGCAGGAAGGUGGAAUACUUCUGGAUCCCCACAGACCAGGAGUAACGAUCCACUCCUCCAAGGACAUAUUCAACAAUGUGUUUCAUCUCACUUCAAAUGUAUAAAGAGAAGUUGUGACAAAAAAAAGGGAACAAGUACUGGUUCUCAUGUACUGGACUUUAUUGACAUUAAAGCAACAGAGGUGCACAAUAAUUAUGAAUACCUUACAAUAAGAUCAAAUCCAUCACCCUACACAUACACAUGGCUUGUCAGCGCAAUUCCUGGGCAUGUUGGGUACAUUUUAAUUGUUUAGCUGUUACACGUAAGAAAACACAAGGUAUUACCUUUCAGUCUUAUUUUCCACCAAAAAAAAAAAAAAAAAAAAA